AAGGAGUACACACACACACACACACUCACACACACUCACACUCACACACACUCACACACUCAGAGGGGAGAGGACCGACCAACCAGACCGACUAUUCCCCACGGUCCACUGACGGAAGCCUAAAUAUCAAUUGAUCUCCACACUCAUCCAGCGGAGCCAGGGAGGGAGAACUGUUUAUUCUCUGAUUCAUUCUAGAGAGAGGAGGGAGAGAGACAUCCAGGAAUUCAAGAGCAGCGAGGAGGAGAAAAAAACAAGCAGAUCUAGAAAAAGACGCUCAUGCCGAAUAAAGGAGCGUCGCUGGAUGUGAGUUGUGUUGUUUCAGGGGCGAACAGGCCGAACUUGUAGCGGGAUUUCAGAGACGCUCCUCCCGACAGAUGAACUGAAUCUUGGAGCUUUAAUAAGUAAAGAAGAAAGACGUCCGCUGCUUCCAUCGAUUCUCUGCCACCAACAGCACCACAGACUUCUCAAUGAAGGAGCCUGACGCAAUCAAGCUCUUCAUCGGGCAGAUACCCCGAAACCUGGAGGAGAAGGACCUGAAGCCCAUCUUCGAGCAGUUUGGCAAGAUCUACGAGCUGACGGUGAUAAAGGACAAAUACACGGGGAUGCACAAAGGUUGUGCCUUCCUGACAUACUGUGCACGUGAGUCCGCCCUCAAAGCCCAGAAUGCACUGCACGAGCAGAAGACGCUACCAGGGAUGAACCGUCCAAUCCAAGUGAAGCCGGCUGACAGCGAGAGCAGAGGAGAAGACAGGAAGCUGUUUGUGGGCAUGCUGGGCAAGCAGCAGACGGACACCGACGUGAGGAAGAUGUUUGAGCCAUUCGGCAGCAUAGAGGAGUGCACGGUGCUCCGCGGGCCUGACGGUACCAGCAAAGGGUGUGCAUUUGUAAAGUUCCAGAACAACGCAGAGGCCCAGGCCGCCAUCAACGCUCUGCAUGGGAGUCGUACUUUACCUGAGUUACGAUGGUCCGCGUUACCUCCACAGGGCGCCUCGUCCAGCCUGGUGGUUAAGUUUGCCGAUUCAGAGAAGGAGCGAGGGCUCAGGCGGAUGCAGCAGGUGGCCUCUCAGCUGGGCGUCAUCAGUCCCAUGACCCUGCACCUCGGGGCAUACAACGCCUACACACAGGCGUUGAUGCAGCAGCAGGCCCUGGUGGCUCAGUCGGCCUACCUAUCUCCUGUUGCCACGGUGGCGGCGGUUCAGAUGCAGCAGCUCGCCGCCCUCAACCCCAGCAGCAUCAUUGCCACGCCGAUCGCAUCCAUCACCCCCUCCUCAGUAAAUAUAUGUGCAGGUACCAGCACUCCACCCUCCAUGGCAGCCACACCCGUUCCUGCUCUGCCUCCACCAAUCGCAUUGAACAGCUACGCCUCUGUGCCAGCUCCGCCCAACGGCCAAUCAGCAACCGAGGCCCUGUACACCAACGGGGUUCAUGCUUAUCAAGCUCAGAGUCCUGUCCUGGACCCUCUUCAGCAAGCUUAUACAGGCAUGCAGCACUACACAGCCACCUACCCUGCUGCCUACAGCCUGGUGGGACAGCCCUUCCCCCACCAGCCCACACUGGUGGCUCAGCAGCCGCAGCAGCCGCAGCAGCUGCAGCAACGGGAAGGACCAGAGGGCUGUAACAUCUUCAUCUACCACCUGCCACAGGAGUUCACUGACUCUGAGAUACUGCAGAUGUUCCUGCCCUUUGGAAACGUCAUCUCUGCAAAGGUGUUUGUUGACCGAGCCACCAACCAGAGCAAAUGCUUUGGUUUUGUGAGUUUUGACAACCCGUCCAGUGCCCAGACUGCCAUCCAGGCCAUGAAUGGCUUUCAGAUCGGCAUGAAGAGACUGAAGGUGCAGCUGAAGAGGCCCAAGGAUGCCAACAGACCUUACUGAGCGAGGAAAACCUAAGAGUUCAAUCAAGAAAAACCACUUGGGAUGUCCCAGCCUUUUUUGGUUGUUUGACCAACCGUAUAGCACAGGAGCAACACAAAAAGCAGUAUCACAUGUAUGCGCUUACAAAAAUACAGCAGUAAUAUCAGCAACGAUCUCCAGAAUCCACAAUAUCAGAAGUGCUCCAGAUGUUCCUACUGUAUCAUUCCACAGCUGGAUUCAUUUAUAUUAUGUACAUACUCUAUUGUCAGCAACAAGAUCUACAUGUUAAGAAAAAGCAUAUCACUGAUGUUAUUCUACUGAACAGGGUUCUACUGUAUAGUGUGAUUUGUGGUCUAUGGCGUCAACAGAAGGCCAGUCUACACAGUCAGAGGCUAAAGAAAAUACUAUUCUGUACGAUUACCAUUGGUAAUAUUGUUAUGUAGAGUUAGUUUUAUUAUUUAUACGUAAAUUAAAAAAAUCAUGGGGUAAUGAUGCUGGAAGAGAAAUGGAUGUCCUCUCAGUGUACAUACCUUGGUUUUCAAAAUGGAGGUAAAAGGACUUAAAAACGUCACGAGUUAAGAUUCUCUGCUGCCACAACUUUUCAAAAUUAACAAAGCGGAAGGAAGGGCUGAGAAUUUUUCUAUCUUGAUUUUUUACGUUUAAUUUAUUUGGUAAUCAAUUUGAUGAAAGGGGGGAAAAAGAUGUGAAAAUUUCUUUUUUAAUUUAAGAGGGAGAAAAAAGAGGAUUCCUGCGGUCUUAAAGACAAUGAACACACUUAUAGAGUUUUUAAUUACAUAAAUGUACCUAUGGAAGUAAAAAAAAAAACAAACAAACAUAAUGUUUCUUUAUUUAUUCUCUACAAUCGCUGUUU